UCCACGAAAACGAAAACAUAAAAAACAAUGAACAAAGCUUUACCCACUAUAAUAUUUAAAAAAAUUUUCCUACUCCAACAAAAAAAUAAUAUUUUUAAAAAAAUCCUAAUCAAAAAAUAAUAUUAAAAAAAAUAUGUGGAAGACACGGACACAGUAAACUUGUAAAAAGUGAAACAAAAAAUCAAAACCGCCAACCUGGAAGGACCUGCAACUAUAAUUCACCCGCACGCACGGGGCUUUUCUUUUCUUUUAAACCUUUUUUUCUCUCUCUCUCUCUCUCUUUUCUUGUUUGUUUUCCUUCUCUCUCUCGCUUUCCAAUCUCAUUCUUCAAUUGUAUACAAAACGUAGUACAACAGACAUAUACGAGAAAACAAAGAAACUUGGGACUAGGAGGAGGGCAAGAGGGAGAUUUUUUAAUAUAAUCUUUCUUCUGUGUUUUUUUCUCUGCGUUUUUUUCUGUCACUCUCUCUCUCUCUCUCUCUCUCUCUCUCUCUCUCUCUCUCUCUCUCUCUCUGUUUUCUAUUUUUUUUUUUUUUUUUUUUUUUUUGGGUUCCUUCACAUGAUCUACUUGCAAUUCUAUUAAUGUUUGUUGCAGCUUUUGACAUUCUCAAAGCGGACAUUACAGCUCUUUACCACCCUUUAACUAUCUCCCUCACUGUCACUGUUUUUUCUUUGCUUUCCCACUCCGUCUUCUCUUUCUGACUCUCUGUUUUUCUUUUUUUCCUUAUAAAAAACAACCCUCUGUUCUGCUUUGCUCUGUGAAAAGUCCUGUGUAUGUAAGUAUGUAUAGAAGGGAGAGAGCAAUAGAGGAAGAACCAUUCCCACGAAGUAGAAGAACCCCAUCUUUUUCUUCUUCCCUACUUGAUGCUAUUUACCGUUCCAUCGACGAAUCAAAGAGUGAAGAACAAGAUCUGGGGGGUUACUUAACACAGACUACCAUGAUCAAGAAGAAACAGAGCACCAAUUACGGGUCUAAAGGAGAAGACAAAGAGAUAUGCAAUCUUCGCCGAGCUAUCAUGAUCGAGAGCUGGGUCGAAAAGCAGAGUAUUAAUAGUUCUGUGCUUUCUAAUUCAGCUUCGAGUUCUUCAGAGUCGAGCUCUGGAGCAGCAUGUUCGUCCUCUGAAACAGAGUCGAACUACAAACAGAGAUCCAAGCAAAAGCCAAUUCGGAGUGGAGUUUCUUCUCACACCGAAAAGUACGUACGAUUCGACCAGAGAAAUUUGGACAAGCAACAGAUUCCAAAGCGCGAGAAUGGCGGUGGUUUUACAAAGACGAAACUCAAGGCCCUGAAAAUCUACGGCGAGUUAAAAAAAGUGAAACAGCCCAUUUCACCAGGAGGUCGUAUAGCGAGCUUUCUCAAUUCCAUUUUCAAUUCUGGUAACGUGAAGAAGGCCAAGAUGUGCUAUGUUGGUGCCGUAGAGGAUGUAAGCUCGGAGCAUAUAUCAAAAUCAGCUUGUUCUUCUUCAGCUUCUACGCUUUCAAGGUCAUGUUUGAGCAGCAAAACAUCGUCUUCAAAAUCAAAACACAGCAAUAGCGGCGUUAAAAGGUCCGUUAGGUUUUAUCCAGUCAAUGUGAUUCUCGGUGAAGAUUCUCAACCUUGCGAUCAAAAACGUAUUUAUGAAGAGGACCCAAGUUUAAUGCCAUUUCCCACUAUUCAAAAGUUUGUUAGAAGUUCUUCGUUGAAGUCGGAUUUCAAGAAGAACUUAGUCAAGGAAAAAGGAAAUGGAGUUGAAAGACCAGCUCAAAGUUUUCUCAGAGGAUUUUGUGACAACGAAGAUGAUGAAGAUGAUGCUGAGAGCUACUCGAGCUCGGAUCUCUUUGAGCUUGAUCAUCUUGUAGGGAUUGGAAGGUACAGAGAGGAACUUCCAGUGUAUGAAACUACUAAUAUCAGAACUAAUCAAGCUAUUGCCAAAGGCUUGGUUUUGUAAUUCAUUGUGUUUUCCAAAUGGGAAAAUAAAAUUGAAAAUGUCA